GCGGCGAUGGGGGCGGCGGCGGCAGAGGCGGAUCGGACCCUCUUCGUGGGGAACCUGGACCCCAAGGUCACCGAGGAGCUCAUCUUCGAGCUGUUUCACCAGGCAGGUCCAGUAAUUAAGGUUAAAAUCCCUAAGGAUAGAGAUGGUAGACCCAAGCAGUUCGCGUUUGUGAAUUUCAAACAUGAAGAAUCUGUCCCUUACGGAUUGAGCCUGCUUAACGGGAUCAAACUGUACGGAAGGCCCAUCAAAAUUCAGUUCCGAUCAGGGAGCAGUCAUGCAGCUCAGGACGGCAAUCCAUCUUGUUCCCCGCAUGGAGCCGCCAACACCAGCCCAGCUGGUGCGCCACAUCCGGCAUCAAACUGCAGCAGAUACGACAGGAAUCCUGACAGUAUGGUAGCAGCGGGCUUCUCAUCGGUGCAGAGGGCUCUGCCGUCUGCUGAUAACCUUCAGAGACAAGCGGUGAUGAACAGCGCCAUGUGGCAGCAGCCUCAGUACGGGGGGAAGUACGAGCAGCCCGGCUUCCCCCUGCCUGCCUACCAGCAGGCUCCCCACGCCUUUCACCCCUCACCCGCCUCCCAAACACUGCGGCGCCCGGAGGUGCCACGCAAGGGCAGGCUGAGCGCCCAUCCCUACCACCCGUCGGACAGCAGGCACUUUGGCCGCGAGCAGCGCUUCGGGGAGCGGGGACCCGACUACUGCAGGGGCAAGAGGGAGGAGUACGGCUUUGAGGAGAGGGGGCACGACGCCAGCGCCGAGCAUCACUACAGGGGGGGCAGAGAGGAGCCUGCCUACGAAGACAGGCACCGGGACGGCUGGAGCCACGACUACGACUACCGGAGAGAGAGCUACAGAGAGGCCAAAUGGCACCCGGCACGGCAUUAACGCCUCUUCAGCGGGCUUUAAAGAACUUUACGGCAAAGAAAGCUCAAUCUGUUUCUUUACCGAGUAUAAAAAAAAAAAACAAAAAACAAAAACAGCCACCCCAACUCAUCAAAGUUACCUUUUAACGUUUGUAAAACUACUAGCAGCGUAACCCUCCCAAACUAUCCUCUCGAUUUUAAAUGUGUUACCUCGACACCGCGGGGCUUUACGUGGGGAAAACAGAAAACGUGCCGCAGUUUCAGAGAAACGGUCGCCGCUUGCUUGCGGCACCCCGAAGCAGCCCGUCAUAUUUUUGUAGCACGGCGGCAGAAGGGGCCGUCGCUGUACCGGGUGCAGGGGUCCCUCCUUUUAAGCAGAGCUGAGGUGGGACGGAUGCUUUCUGGCACCUUAAGCGCUUCACGGGGCGUUUUUGAUACAGGAUAUUGACUAUUCCUUGUCUUGGAGAAAAGCA